AUGAGCAACCUCGGCGGUGGUCUCCGCUCUGUCGACUGGAGCACCCAGAAGCUCACCCACUUCGAGAAGAACUUCUACAACGAGGACAAACGCGUCUCCGCCCGCUCAGAGCGCGAGAUCGAGGAGUUCCGCAAGACCAAGGAGAUGAAGGUCCAAGGCCGCGACAUUCCUCGCCCCGUCACUUCCUUCGACGAGAUCGGCUUCCCCGAGUACAUUAUGGACACCAUCCGUGCCCAGGGUUUCCCCAGCCCCACCCCCAUCCAGUGUCAGGCCUGGCCCAUGGCCCUCAGCGGCCACGACGUCGUCGCCAUCGCCCAGACCGGCUCUGGAAAAACCAUCUCCUUCGCCCUUCCCGCCAUGCUGCACAUCAACGCCCAACCGCUCCUGGCUCCCGGCGACGGUCCCAUCGCCCUCAUCCUUGCUCCCACUCGUGAGCUCGCCGUCCAGAUCCAGCAAGAGUGCACCAAGUUCGGCUCCAACUCCCGUAUCCGGAACACGGCCAUCUAUGGCGGUGCCCCCAAGGGCCCCCAGAUCCGUGACCUCCAGCGCGGAGUCGAGAUUGUCAUCGCCACUCCUGGUCGCCUUAUCGACAUGCUCGAGACGGGCAAGACCAACCUCCGCCGCAUCACCUACCUUGUCAUGGACGAGGCCGACCGUAUGCUUGAUAUGGGUUUCGAGCCUCAGAUCCGCAAGAUUGUCAGCCAAAUUCGCCCAGACAGGCAGACACUCAUGUUCUCUGCCACGUGGCCGAAGGACGUCCAAAAGCUGGCCAAUGACUUCUUGAAGGACUUCAUCCAGGUCAACAUCGGUUCGAUGGAGCUGACCGCGAACCACAACAUCCAGCAGAUCAUUGAGGUCGUCAGCGACUUUGAGAAGCGCACGAAGCUCAUCAAGCACCUCGAUCAGAUCAGCCAGGAGAACGCGAAAGUGCUCAUCUUCGUCGGCACGAAGCGUGUCGCGGAUGACAUCACCAAGUACCUUCGCCAAGAUGGGUGGCCAGCACUGGCCAUCCACGGCGACAAGGAGCAGCGCGAGCGUGAUUGGGUGCUAGGAGAGUUCAAGGCCGGGCGUUCACCCAUCCUGAUCGCUACGGACGUAGCGUCUCGUGGUCUCGACGUGAAGGACGUUCGUUACGUUAUCAACUAUGACUUCCCGAACAACUGCGAGGACUACAUCCACCGGAUUGGUCGUACAGGGCGGGCUGGUAUGACGGGUACUUCGUACACUUACUUCACGACCGACAACGCCAAGCAAGCCCGGGAGCUGAUUGGCAUUCUCCGCGAGGCCAAGGCCACCGUGCCGCCUCAACUUGAGGAGAUGUCGAUGUUCGGUGGCGGUGGUGGCGGUCGCAGUCGUUACGGUGGUGGCGGCGGCGGUCGCGGUCGCGGAGGAGGAGGCGGAGGCGGAGGCCGCUGGGGCGGAGGAGGAGGCGGCGGCGGCGGUGGUGGUGGUGGCGGGCACGACAACGGGUACGGAGGGCGGAACAACGACCGCUGGUGA